UACCCCUCCCCUUCCACUCUACUCCUCCUUCUCCUCCUCCCAUCAUCCAAACCUCCGCGAAAGGGUGUGCGUUUUGAAGGUUGAGCGAAGCCAAACAUAAACUGCAGAGAGGAGCGCACUCGUCACUCGGUUUCUCCACUAGGGUCAAGCCUGUGAGCUGAAGCCCGGGACCAGCACAUCCCAUCCCGUCAACGACCUGGGCCCCCGAUCAAGGUCCUGUCCUUCCGAAGAAAAGAGAGAGGGGAGCCGCAUACACGGGCACUGACGUUAAAAAGUUGAGGUACAUUAAGGUGCUCGGUAAAAUACAAUGUGGCAGCUGCGUGGAUUCUCUUCAAGGUCAGUAUCGGAGCACCGCCAAAUUUGUCCGGCUUUCGUGGAGGAGGAAGGGGCGCGGAAGGGAUGGGAUGAUGCCGCUGCUGCCGCCGCUGCAGUGUCUUCCUCGCUUCCAUCAUCACCAAUGACACAUUUCGCCGACGAGGACGUUGCUUGUGGUCACUGACACGGAGGGAAACUUGUGAAACACGGCUGUAAACAUAGCAGAAUAGGAUAGGCUCCGGUUUUACAGCGUUAUUGUCUGUGGGGUUGUAAAAGUGAACUCUUCAUAUCGUCUUGUUUUUUUGUGUGUGACUGACUGUUCACCUGACUGCGAGCGACCGCACCGGAGUCAAGCUAGCUAACGUGACCGCAGAGAACGUUCUGGUCGGGAUAAAGGUAGUCGAGUCAAACGUUAAAAGUCCGUUUGGUCGUGCAGGAAUUCGUUAGUUACGCAGACGUUGCGCAGUUAUAACUUAACUCAGUGUAAGCCAACUUCCUUGAAUUAGUUUGGCGUUUGUAAAGCCGACUUAACAUAUUCACUAUUCUUUCGUCGCCUUUAAUUUGCUCAACAAAAUGCCUCUGAGGACAGGUUCCGCCGGCUUCGGCAGGAGUUUGCCGGAGCGGGGGCUGCUCCUGCUGGUGGUGCUGGUGGUCCUGGAAGGCUUCUUCCUUCCCCACGGAGCUGCCAGCUCUCCGGAUGUCAGCCACAAGGAAAGUCUAGACAACCACAGAGAGGCGGACGUGGGACAUAACUUCACUAAAAAGGCUUUCCCUGUGCUCAGCCUCGACUACCAUCACAUACAGACGCCCUUUGAAAUCUCAUUAUGGGUUCUCCUGGCUUCUUUAAUGAAAUUAGGGUUCCACCUGAUUCCUCGUCUGUCCGGCAUUGUGCCAGAAAGCUGCCUGUUGAUUGUUGUGGGCCUGCUGGUAGGGGGGCUCAUCAAACUGGCUGGAGAGGAGGUCCCACCAGUGCUGGACUCAAGAUUGUUCUUCCAGUGCCUGCUGCCCCCCAUCAUCCUGGAUGCUGGCUACUUCCUGCCCAUCCGCCCUUUCAUGGAGAACUUGGGCACAAUCCUGAUGUUUGCUGUUGUGGGAACUUUGUGGAACGCCUUCUUCAUCGGGGGCCUGCUGUACGCUGUAUGUCAGAUACAGCCGGCCAACCCCUCUGACCUCCACCAACUGGAGCUCCUGCCUUGCCUGCUCUUUGCCUCCAUCAUCUCAGCUGUGGAUCCUGUUGCCGUGCUAGCAGUGUUUGAGGAGAUCCAUAUCAAUGAGCUGUUGCACAUCCUGGUGUUUGGCGAAUCGCUGCUAAACGAUGCUGUCACUGUGGUGCUGUACCACCUUUUUGAGGAAUAUGCAGGUGCUGGCACCGUAACGGUGAUGGACUGCUUCCUUGGAGUCAUCUCGUUCCUGAUAGUGGCUGUGGGUGGUGUUCUUGUCGGAGCGAUCUAUGGUAUCCUGUCUGCCUUCACCUCACGCUUCACCUCCCACACACGGGUCAUCGAGCCACUUUUUGUCUUUGUGUACAGCUACAUGGCUUAUCUGUCAGCUGAGAUGUUCCACCUCUCCGGCAUCAUGGCGUUAAUAGCAUGCGGAGCAGUCAUGCGUCCUUAUGUUGAGGCCAAUAUAUCCCACAAGUCCCACACCACCAUCAAGUACUUCCUCAAAAUGUGGAGCAGUGUCAGCGAGACGCUGAUCUUCAUAUUUCUGGGCGUGGCCACCGUGGACGGACCUCAUUCAUGGAACUGGACCUUUGUCACAGUCACCGUCAUCUUGUGUCUGGUGGCACGAGUUAUGGGUGUGGUUGGCCUGACCUUCAUCAUCAACAAGUUCCGCAUUGUGAAGCUGACCACCAAAGACCAGUUCAUCAUAGCCUAUGGUGGUCUGCGAGGUGCCAUCGCCUUCUCCCUCGGCUUCUUGCUGAAUAAGGAACAUUUCCCGAUGAGAGAGAUGUUCCUCACUGCCAUCAUCACCGUCAUCUUCUUCACCGUCUUCGUUCAGGGCAUGACCAUUAAACCACUGGUGGAGCUGCUGGCAGUGAAGAAGAAACAGGAGGCCAAGCGCUCCAUUAAUGAGGAAAUCCACACGCAGUUCCUGGACCACCUACUGACUGGAAUUGAGGACAUCUGUGGACACUAUGGACACCACCACUGGAAGGACAAACUGAACCGCUUCAACAAGAAGUAUGUGAAGAAGUGCCUGAUUGCAGGCGAGCGCUCCAAGGAGCCACAGCUCAUCGCCUUCUAUCACAAGAUGGAGAUGAAACAGGCCAUUGAGCUGGUGGCGAGUGGAGGGGGAGUCAAGCUGCCUUCUGCGAUGCCUUCCACCGUUUCCAUGCAGAACAUCCAGCCGAAGAAGCCUCCUAUUGCUAAGUCUGCAGAGAGAGCUCUGCCACAGCUGACGAGAGGCCGCGAGGAGGAGAUCAGGAAUAUCCUGCGCAGUAACCUUCAGAGGACACGACAGAGGCUGCGCUCCUACAACAGACACACUCUGGUGGUGGAUCCAUACGAGGACGGAUUCAAUGAAUUACUUAUAAAGAAACAAAAGAUGAUUGACCUGGAGAAGAAGAUAAAGGAGAUGAAUAACUACCUGACAGUGCCUGCUGCUCCUCCUGAUUCCCCGACAAUGUGCAGAGCCAGACUGGCCUCAGGGAGAAAUACUGAUUUCAAACCUGCUCAGCAGCAGAAAGGGAACAGAAUCUGUGAAGACCCUCAAGCCUACAGUAUGAAGCCGGCGUCUGGCACCGUACCAUCCAUUCAGGUGGACCUUGCCUCUCCUCAGUCUCCAGAGUCUGUCAGCGUCAUCGAUGAGUUCAGACGGGCCAACCGGGAGGAGGACGACCAGGGCCUCGUGAUGAGGCCUCGCCAUAGACCAGGUGGACCGAACAAGAAGACUGAGGAGGAGGGGGAUACAGCGAAAGAUCCGCAGAAGCUGAUGAGGUGUCUCAGUGACCCAGGUCCCAGUGCAGAGGACGACGAGGACGAGGACGAACCCUUUCUGCCUUAACAUGGCAGAGCAGACAGAGAGGGAUGAGGCUACACGGGGCUGCUUUGCUGCUCUGCUCUACGUCUAUCACUUUGGUUCAGAAACCAAACAAGCCAAAACUGCUGAUGCUGUACAAAGCAGAAAUUAGAAUCAAAAAGAGACUGAAAAUAACAAAGAGAGCCAUUAGUUUGUUAUUAUCAUUGCUCUUUAUUUUUUUAGAUGGGAUGAGUACAGCUGUCACUGAUAAACAGAGAGGUUGUGGCGUUUAUGAUUGAUAGUCUGAGACAUUCAGGAAAGAACUAUGCAUUACCAAAGGUCUGGACUGUUUUACUGUCAGACAAUGUUGUUUUUUUUACUUUAUCCUUCUUGAUGUCGUUGUUGAUCUUAUUUUUGACCAUGACGCUAACAUAUUUGUUUUACCUUUACACCUACAUUCUCUGAUACAUGCUGGUCCUCCACUAUCAACGCUUCGGUCCACUUUUUACAUUCUUUCUUUUAUUAUGUCACUUGAAAUUGCUGGAUUUUGCCAGUUGAAGCUAGUUUUACCAUAUAUGUAUAUAUACAGUACAUACUGUGUACAUAUAUACACAUAUAUAUUUAUACAUAUAUAUGUGUAUAUAUGUAUGUAUGUAUAAGUUCAUGGGUACUUACGUCUAAUUGUUUGAGGUGGAUGUUUUUAGUCUCUGUGCAAAAGAACCACUGUUCUUUAUAGUCAUGGCCUUGUCCAGUGGUUAUGGAGGGAGUUGAUGUGGACUUGAGAAAUCCCUUAAUAUUGUAUUGCAUAGUUUUGACCUACAUAUGUGGAGCGAAGCUGUUUGAGGGACUUGUUGGACAGGCAGUGAUGCAGCACAGAUGUUUUUGAUGUCAGUCUCAUGCUCGAUUCCCCGUCUUCUGCAGCUGAAUUACAUGUUGUCACGUCACAUUUCUGCAAAAUGAAGGACACCAACUGCCGUUUAACUCCACGACCACAUUUCUCUGCAUCAACAUUUUUGUUGUUAUGUUUUAUAACACUUUACACCUCAACUGUUGGCGUUGUAAGAGUAUUUUUUUGUCCAAUUCACACUCCUUUUAAGCUUUUAUGCCACAAAAUAUGCUUUGGUAUAUAACAUGUUAGCACAUGCCUUCUUUCAUUCUACAGCAUUUGUGUCCUGCGUAACUCACAACAAGUUAAGGUUUGCACAGGAAUCCAUCCACGCCGCCCUCACCAUUUAGAAAUAUGAUACAUUAGGCAUGUCAUUGCAAAACAAAAAUGCAACUCUAUGCAGUAUAGGUGUGUAAAAUAUGUAAAAAGAAGAAAAAAUGCCAUAGUAUCUUAUAUUUAUGAAAACCCUUUAAAACUAAAGUGUUGUAAACGUAUAACAAUGCAAAACACUGAGAGAAACCAAUGCUAAAGACAAAUAUGGGCAUUAAAAUGCAAUCAUUGAAACUAAAACAGUUUACAACUCUGUUUGCACAUCUGAGCAAGACUGAAAGGUAGUAGUCUACUGAUACUGUAAAUCUGUGUAGUCAGUGAAUGUAACAUCCAUGUUUCUCAUGUCUCAUACUGUACAUAAAUGCACCAUUCACAGUCAGAACAGCAAAGUGCCAAUCACAGUUAGAUUCUAUGUUCCACGGUACCCACUGUGAGGAAAAGGAAGAAUAGUCUUUGUUUAUUUCUUUGACAGACUGACUAAAGUAGCUUCAGUGAGUCAGUGUUCUACUUUUCCAGCUGUUUUCAAGGUGUUGAAGACCAUUUGAUCCUCCAUGAUCCUCUUACAUCAGGAAGGCUCACAUUACAGCUUAGGGAAAUCAGAAAAAAAAGCCUUUCUAUGGUUACUCAAGAUUAUUAAUGAGGUAUUUUGUUUGUGCUUGUAUUAAAAAUCCGUAGUCGGGGGGGGGGGGGGGGGGUGUUAAGUCCCUUUCAUGCCCCGGACAUGUUUCCUUCGUCCCACUUUCUAAAAGGAGAAUAGCAGCUGAGUGAUGAUCGUGUUCGCAUCUGGUUUCCUUGUGUGAGUCAUGUUCAGUUUCUUCUGAGAAGCCUCUGCAUAUGCAUGAGCUGAGAGAUGCAGCAGAGAGACAGGGCUGGAAAUCAUCGAUAAUAUGUGGACCUCUAUACCGAUUCCUCCACGGUACUUUGCCCCAUACCAAUUUUAUGAAAUUGGUACCGUUUUUAACAAAAAAAAAGACAUUACACAUGACUCUUUGUUUCAGCUAGUCCAAUUUUCUGCUCCCUUUGUCGUGUCACGUUAGAUCUUCUCAACAUAGCUUCAUUCAUUAAACAAGCAGCAGCCACACACACACACACACACACACAGGAUAAUCCCCGUCUGUCUCUGGUCGAAACGUCCCACACACAUGGAGACAGACAGACACGAGCACUGUUAGAUCUCGCUUAAAAAAACAUGCUGUAUGAUUAUUGUUACUAACUUGCAAGGAAUCGGAGGUGAAUAUGUCCGGUUGUUAAAAACCCUUGAAGGACUCAAGGACAGACGGAACCUUCUCCCUCAUCCUCACAUGCGUCUUUUAUUGUUGUGAAAAAAGGACGGGGACAUUUAUGUGCAACAUUACUUUUAUUGGGUUCUAAAAUGGUGUGUGUGAGAAAAGCUUCUCUCCAUCUGAGCGCGGAUGUUUCACGCCACCAUCGUCUCACCACAGGCUUCAUGAUUUGGCCGCAAAUUCAACUCCUCGUGCCGCAGUAACUGAGUCUCAGACCUUUCGUCAGGUUUCAGGAAGGUCACAGUCGCUUCUUUCUUCAUAAACACUUGUACAUAAAGACUGUAAACAAAGCAGUAUUUUCCUGUCCAAACAAAACAUGAAUAACAUUGUUUUGGGCUGUGAUUGAGAGGGAGAGGGAAACCAAAAAAACAUGCAUAUCCUUUAAUUUAGUCCAAAGACUUAUUUUCAAAGAAGGGGGGGAAUCAUUGUUUACAUGUUGUUCUUCUUCACACCAAAUGCUUCUUUUUGGGGGCAAACAUCUGAAUGUCGUACACAUCGUUUAGCUUUAACCACUCGUGUCUUUAUCUUUAAUCUGGAUCAUUUUUUUAUUUAAACACUGGUGAAAUAUGUUAAGUCAUGUCAGAUGUUUUCAUUGAAUGUGUUGGACUGAAUCACAGCGUUAAAACUGUUCAUUCACUUCAGCUUUAUGAUUUUAUUCUCUGCUUUACUCUUUCAAGUGCUUUACUGUAAAACAAAAACAAAAAAACAUUUUUUGUUUUUCAGGGACGUCUGAGUCCCUUUUGUUAUCUUUAUCAGGAUUUGUGUGAACUGCAGAUACUUUCUGUUGUUUUUGUUUUCUUCUGUUUUGAUAUUUCCUGCUCAUGUUUACCUGUAACCAAACUCCAACGUUCUUGUGCAGCUUAAACGCUUUAAAGUGAAGGCAUCAACUUCAAUCAAUGAAACACGCUGAUAACAAACUCUUAAAUAAGGCCACUCUGGUGUUCUUUCAUGUUUUACAUUUGUGUUAGGCAACCAUUAGUUUACUUUCAUGUUCAUCGACAUAGCAGCGUCUUCAUAACCAAGUGGAAAGGGAACUUGGCUUGUAACCGAAGGGUUGCUGCUCCUAAUUCUAGGAAGGUUUCUAGUAGAGGAUGAGUUAAAUGCAGAGUGGUUUAUUAUGGAGACUUUGCUUCAGAUUCAUCACCAUGAACAUCAGGUUAUUAAGUCGGGUACAUUAUUUGUUGCGUGAUGCAUAUUCAUGUAAUCAGGCUGACAAACUACAGUGCCAUGCGACAGUUGACUAAACACCUUCUAAUGGCCGUUUUUACCGGUAGAAAUGAUUGAGAACUGCAGUGUGCUUUGAAAAGUGUUGAGCACUAAUUUUGCUUCAUGAUGUAUACAUACUUUUUUUCCAGUAUACAGUAAUGAGUGUGUUGUCAUUACUCCACCACCUAAAGACUGUUUUCCUCCCUUGUUUACCUCAUCAAUCUCUAUUCCAGCUCCUGUUGUGUUCCUCUGUUUACACACACACACACACACAAGCGCGUGACUGAGCACUUUAACAAAGCAGUACCUUUAACUCAUCGUGCUGAUGUUAGAGAGAGCAAUAAGUGGCUUUAAUGUAACGUACACACACACAUACACAUCACAGGGGAAAGGAAUGUACUUCAUGAUGGGCCUUAUAAAAAAAGGGAUGUUGUCUGUCUUUGCUCGGCGGCAAACGUCGUGAUAUGACUCGAUGACAGAGCGGUGACCAUUUUGUUUGUCUUUUUCUCACAUUUUAGUUUUGCUGAUCUUCAUGUGUUUGUUGGAUUUACUUGUUUGCAGUUUGACUAUUUCAAUUUUGCAAUAAUGAGAUUGUUUUAUUUUCUAUACACAUGACUAGGAAAUAUAUAUAUCUAUACAUACAUAAAUAUAUAAAUUAAAAAAAGGUAUAUUAGACAUUUAUUAUAAGGAUGUACAAAUAAGAAUCUGAACAAUAAGUGUGCACUCUCUUGCUAACUUUUGCCGUAAAGCAUUCCAUUCCUGUAACGACUAGUGAAAACUAACAACCCGAGGUGAAACUGCAAAAGUCAGAAACUGUAUGAAAAUUAAAGUUUUACUUUAUGAUG